AUGUCUCUUCAGAUCACUAGUCUCAGGUGAGAACGAGACAUUAUUCCCCAUUUUCUGUUCUUCUUUUUCAAAACUUGCCUGCCCACUUUUUUUGUCGAAAUGAUCUCUGAUGCCAGGGGUUUUCCUUCGGCCGACAGAGACCACAGGAAGAGAGAGAGAGAGAGAGAGAGGAAAAGGAGGACACAUUUGUGUUUGUCAUCCUUUCCUCCCCUUUUCCAUCCCUGCAUGCCCCUAUUUAUACAAGAGUCGCACGUCAAUUUUAUCUAUUUUUUCUGGCAUUCAUUCUGUUCGCUUCAAGUUUCUCUAUGAUUUGAAGCCUGUGAAUUGCGCUCAACCGCUCUCCACCUGAUUUCUGUGCUAAAUUGGAAAAGCUGGCGGCCGCGCGCCCUUGCCAUGGAAUUGCGGCAGAGCGACAUUUCCUCAAUAUUCUGGAAAUUUCCAGAAUAUUAACGUGCCAAUUUUGCGCCAAACAGUCGAUUUUGAAUUAAUUUCAGUUAUAAAUUAUAAACACGGCUAAAAAAUCGACAUACCACUUUUCGCGAGCGGAAAUCACAUCUUGCCUGCAAAGAAAUGGAAAAUCUUAAAUCUGCAAUUUUUUUCCACGUGGAAAAUCCUUUUUAUUCAAAAAAGACGAUAAAAAACCGGCGAUAUGCCGUCGAAAAUCGCUCGUGCAAAAAUUGAUUGGUCUACCGUAUUUUUGAAAAGCGCGUAACACGAGACAAUAAAUUUAUGCAACUUGAGUGCUGUGCCUUUAAUGUUACCAUAGGAAAUCGUGCGGAAAGUUCCGUCCAUUGUCGCCCUUUUUCUCUCAUUUUCCCAGCCAUUCUUAGAGAAUCACUCAAAUAUAUCGAAAUUUCCAGAAAAAGCAUUCAAUUCGUUCGCAGAAUGUCGUCCUCGCUGACCGGCGUCAACACAAAAGUGCUCAAAAACGGAGACGCGGCACCGAGUGCGCCGGCGGCCGGCACCUUCCGCAUCUACAACAUGCGCUUCUGCCCGUGGGCUCAACGCGCUCUGAUCUACGCGGCAGCAAAGAACAUUCCAACAGAAGUCAUCAAUAUCCAUUUGAAGGAGAAGCCCGAAUGGUACUUCUCUAAGCACUACAAGGGCCAAGUGCCCGCUUUGGAGCACGACGAGGGCAGAAAGCACGUGAUCGAGUCGGCCGUCAUUCCCGAGUACCUCGACGACCUGUUCCCGGAGACCCGCAUCCUGCCCACUGAUCCGUACGAGAAGGCCCAGCAGAAGCUGCUGCUCGAGAGAUUGUCUGCCGUGGCGCCCGCGUUCAUCGGAGCCGUCCAGUCGGUCAGCGAUCCGUCGAUCCGCACUGAAAAGUACGCGGCGAUCGCCAAAGCGUUCGACGACGCCGAGAAACUGCUCACCGCUGACUUUUAUUCUGGUGAGUAUCGGACCUCAUCUUUGCAAACCAAAAAGUUGAUCACGAAGGAAUUGUUGGAAAUUUUUUAGUGAACAACUUUGUAAUCGACAGUUUUGUCUUAUAACGUUUCUGUUCUGAGUUAUACACGCAUUUCUGAACAGUUCUCACAAAAACGCAACGACUAUAUAGGCAUCAUAGUUGAUAUUUGAGAAAAAAUACGUUCUAGAACCUCAUGUUUAGAGACAAUGCGCGUUUGCUUAGCCAAACUGAUUAACAUGAUCGCUGAUUGCAGGAACGUCGAAGCCGGGAUACGUCGACUACCUGCUCUACCCGAACGUGCAGCGCUCGUUCUGGCUUGCGCACAUCCUGCCCAACUUGCCGCUCUCCUCGACCGCGUUCCCGGGCGCCAAGUACCCGAAACUGACGGCGUGGUACUCGCGACUCGAGAAGCUUCCGGCCGUGGAGGCAGCCAGCCAACCGACUGAGACGGGCGUCGCGUUCUUCGCCGACUACAUCAAGGGAAACCCGGACUACGACUUGGGAUUGUAA